GCAUUGCAUUCCCGUUCUUCGUCAUGUCGAGGCGAAAGCAGCGUUACCCGCGUCACCUGGAGGAAUUCGACGGUUCGGCAGCAGUUGGUGCGGACAAUUCGAAUAGGUUAGAAGUAAAUGAGGAUUUGGAGGAGUUAGAGGAAGAGGAAGAAUAUUUAUUCGCAGAAAGGAAUUCAUCUUUCACUAACGGUAAGUUUCCCACAGUCAAGUUUUGUUGCGUUAAACGUCAAAUUUGUCUAUCGUCCCUAUUUUUUUGUCGACCAAGUUCAUCUGUUGUUUUUUUUAUUAUUAUUACUUUUGUUUUUUUUUUUAUAUGUCUUAUUUUUAUUUUUAACUUUUUUUAAAACUAUAUAUUGUGUAUCUUGUCUUCUCUCUACCUCUCAUUUCCUCUCUCUAUCUUCAACACCACCGCCUUCGUCCGACGCGAUCUAUUAUGGAUUAGGAAAUGUUCGAAUAGCGUGCUUGAACGCUGAAAACGGAUGCGUUAUGAAUUUUUAUGAAAAAAAAUUUUCGGUUUGUGGAGGAAUAUUUCGAAUAUUCUUUUGUAUCCGCGACUUUUUCUUCAUUGUUCCUAUUGUUGUCUUUAUAUUUAUAGACGAUAUUGUAGGUCGAAAUUUAUGAUUUAUGUCAUAGAGGAAUAAUGGAUUUAGUAAAGUGAUAUAUAUAUAUAUAUAUAGUUAAAAAAGGAAACGAUAGAGAGAAUAUAUAUAUGAGAGGGUGAUAGCAAAGAGAAAGACAUUGGUUGUUAACCGCCGCCGCUGCCGCCGCCGUAGUUAGUUGUAUUUUUAGGGCGAAGAAAUCGGAAAAAAAGGAAAAGAUGGACGGCGGUCAAGCGGCCGCAAGAUGGCCUCUCCAACACUCCGACUCGUAUUUCAAGAUGGACCGGUCGAUAACUAUCGGCACCAUUUGCUCUUGUCAUGCAAAUUGCCUGCAGAUUUGUGUCAUGCUCGGUCAUAAUCAAAAAAGCGGCUCGCCUUAAUGGCAUUGGGCAUAAAUCAAAAGCGUAUUCGAAAAAGGAGUGGGAGGGGUAUAAACAGGAAAAGGGUCGGAGAAUGAAAUAAAUGAACGGCGAAUAUUUGAGUGAGAUAGAGAGAAAAGAAAAAAAAGGGCAGCCCCGCGGCGGCGGCGGCGGUCGAACGCUGUUAAAUAUUGUUUGUCAUAUGUUUGACAGAGGUAAUUGCGGCGUUCAUCUGCCAAGAUAGGACGGGCGUCCGGAGAGCGUUCAGGGGCCGGUGGGACGGCCUAUCUCCUAUCGCAUACACGCGGUCGUCGCCAUUCGGAAUCGAACGCUGCCGACGUUGAGUGUGUGUUUAUACGGCGUUUAUGAAUAUUUCAUGCGCGGCGAAAAGGGGUUGAGAUGGAACGAUUUGAACACCAAACAAAAUAUAUCAUUCAUCGAUCUAGCGACGGUUUUUUGGAGCUAGCUGCAUCGACCGUUAUGUCAAGGCGCUAAGCCCGCAAACGGGCAUCGAGAAUUUUUUUUUUGGUUGGGGGACGAAUUCGAUUUUCCCUCAGUCUGGCUAUCUACCUACCUUUAAUGACUUCAGUUUACUUUUUAUUUCUCGGUACCAGGUGGUCAUCUCUCGCCGUGCGUGUUCCGUAAUUCGCCCGGGAACGUUAUUAAUCAAUGCUUUGAUUGCGCUAUAUAUAUUUAUAUUACAUGUUCAUUUUACAACAUUGGAUAUCGGUUUUUACCCCUUUACCCUUUUGCUUUUCAAUAUUACUCCGCCCUCCUCCACUCCUUAUCUAUCAUUAUAUUUGUUAUUCCCUUUUUUCUGCUCCUUUCUCCUUUCUUUACCUAUUCGUACUCUCGUUCUCUAAUGAAAUUUGGCGUCAAGCGGCCAAGCGGCCAUGUUUUAUUCAUACUUAUCAAAUUGUACGUGGCGUUAGUCGAACUGUCGGGACUUAUAGCCGAUACGUCCGAGGGAAAGCGCGCGUUUCCAUGGCGACGUGCACGGGGUUUGGCGUGUUGAAGAACGGUAACGAGAGGCGACUAGUUUGCAGCCGCCGCUGACCGCCUGAGCUGCAUAUUAUUUCAUCAGCAAGCACAGUUAUUGUCGUCCUUACUUGAUGUCUAAAGUGACGGCGCGAUGACGCGAUGGGCAAUUUUGCGAAGCCCUUCGAAAUCGCUCUUCUCUUUACCCCUUUACUAUCUCAACCUAUCAUUUCCCUCAUCCUCUCUAUCUUUUUCCGCCCCUUCUCCCUCGUUCUCAAAGCUUAUUUUAGAUUUGUUUUAUAUUCGAAGCAUUUUUUUUUUCCUACUUUUGAGUAAUUUCUGAAAACGCCUACAGGCGUCGACGAAAGCGGUCAAGUGCGCGUCUGUACGAGAUGUCGGUCCGGUUUCGAGGAUCUCAACGUUUAUAUAGAGCACAAAAGGACAUGCCCAAAAGACGACGAGGAAGAAGACGCCGACGAUUUAGACGAGGACGACGAAGAGUCGGAAGAAAACUUCCAGACCGUCCAAUCCUUUUUAUUCUCCCUCCAGCAACAACAAAUUGUCCAACUGCAAAUGUUGCAACAGCUACAGGCGCAUAUCAACGGCGAUUCUCCGUCGUCGUUAGAAGAAAACAAGCUAACGGAAAACGCUAUCACUGUCGACUCUGUGCGCCCGUUCAAGUGUAACGUAUGUGGCAGUCGUUUUGCAACAAGAGCUCACCUAAAGGUACACUUCCAACGUCAUCGUGAUAAGUACCCGCAUAUCAAGAUGAACCCAUACCCUGUUGCUGAACAUUCAACGGAUUCAUUUACGGGACCUCCGCCGCUCUUAAGGGACGUCGAUUUGACAGCGUCUAACGGCGGCGCUAAUUCGCCCAAGGCCGGCGAGCACCUCUGCGAGCAAGCACUUAGUGUACACCCACUUCCCGCUUCCUUACCGUUCGAUUCGGCUUCAACGAAAAAUGGGGGUGGAUCGUCUACGUCGAAGGACGACGAAGAUUCGCUCGAACAAUUCAUGGAAAUAGAUAAAUCGAGCGAAACCUCAAAAUUGGAAGAGUUGGUAAAGAACAUCGAUAAGAAGAGCGACGACCCGAAUCAGUGCGCCAUUUGCGAACGGGUGUUAAGCUGCAAAUCGGCCUUACAAAUGCAUUACAGAACGCAUACGGGCGAACGGCCGUACAGAUGCAAGAUUUGUGGUCGGCGCUUUACGACGAAAGGCAAUUUAAAAACUCAUAUGGGCGUCCAUCGCGGAAAACCUCUAGUCGCUCCGAUUCAUUCAUGCCCGGUUUGUCAUAAACAGUUCAAUAACUCGAUUGUAUUACAACAGCACGUAAAAACUCAUCAGUUACUGCAAAUAUAUCCACCAACUCCACCACCCCCUUUGCCUUUCAUGCCGCCGGCCUUGCCUCUUUCUAACGUCCGCACGGGUGAGAACGGUGAAUUGGAUUUAUCUAAGCCGCCCGCCGAUGUAGAUACGCCGCCCCAUCACCCCAGUAACAAUGAAGAAUCCGACGACGAUAUGGCUGGUACAAUCAGUGAACCGGAAGAUGAUUUUUCCGUUAACAACGAUAAAAACGAUGCUGCCUCUUAUUCUCUACAAGCGCUUGAGGAGUCUGUAAAGAGUAUCGACGCUUCCAAUUCUUUUAGUAGUCAGCGUCCAUUAGAGGAGCUCGCCUCCUUAGCCAAUCGGGAAGAUAGGGGGCCGAGUGGCGACCUACUUGGAGGAUUGGCUUAUUUGGGACCCAGGCCAGGUUCUGGACGAACGAAUACUACAUGCAACAUUUGCUAUAAGACGUUCGCCUGUAAGAGCGCCUUAGACAUUCAUUACCGGUCACAUACCAAAGAAAGACCCUUCCAAUGCGAUGUUUGUGAGAGAUCUUUCACAACUAAGGGCAACAUGAAACAACACAUGCUUACGCACAAAAUCAGAGAUAUGCCGCCCAAUUCUAAUGCUAGCGACGCCUCAUCAUCAUCAUCUCCAACGCCAGUGACGUCUAGCGUUAGUAGCGGAAUAGCUCCUUCGUCAAGCGCGGCAACAAGCAGUUCUCCUGUGGUUACAACUGCUGCUGCGCAGGUUUCCGUUUCGAAUUCAUCUCCAUCACCUGCCGUUGUCGGAGUAAGCCCAAACAAUUCAAGUCAGACUAAGAAGGAAUCAUCAGACUCUUCACCCUUCGUCAAGAAACCGAAUUUGAAACACGUAUGUACAAUUUGUCAGAAACCGUUUUCGAGUGGAAGCGCUCUGCAGAUACAUUAUCGAACGCAUACGGGCGAUAAACCGUUCAAGUGCGAAGUCUGUUCAAAGGCGUUCACAACCAAAGGCAACCUCAAAGUUCACAUGGGCACUCAUAUGUAUGCUGGUGGACCUAGUCGUCGAGGUCGUAGGAUGACAUUGGAUCCGAUCUCUUCUCAGGCGGGUGGUGUUGACAUACGACCUCCUACUUUACCACCGCCCCAUCCGCCUUUUCUCGCUCAUCAUCCGGGCGUUUUACCUUUUUUCAAUGGCUUUUUGCCGCCUACAUCCAUGCCGCCAACUAGUCUUAUUCAGCAAACGACCAAAAUGUCUCCCGCCGUUAAUAACAACAACAGUAUCAGUACAAACAACAACAACAAUGGAGGGGAUUUGAAAAGGGAACCAGGCGGAGAACUGGAUUUAAGUAUACGAAAAUCACCACCUUCACGAGAAAAGACGCCGACUUCCGCCGCGUCACCGACUUCUUCCCCUCCAGCAUCCGUUUCUCACAGUGUUCCUUUACCGUCUCAUUUGCCGCCACCGGUCCUUUUCCCCGGUUUUCAGGCUGCUCCGUGGAUGUGGACCCCGCGUUGCCACUUGUGUAAUAAAACUUGUGCAUCAGUCAACGAACUAGAAGUUCAUAUUCGCGGACAUAUCACUCCCUCUGCCGGCUCCGAAUUGAAACCUGUCAUGACUUAGGCGUGUUGUUCUUUUUCUAAUUUUUUUGUAGCGUUCCCUUUUUAUGUUUUGUUAUACUUUCGCUUCUAUGCGAAGAACACGAACACUUACAUCCGUUAUAUGUAAUUACCUAUCAAUUAUACAUAUAUGCAUAUAUAUUUAUCAAUAUAUAUGUAUAUACAUAUAUAUG